UACAUCCUCUCACCUAAACAAGAAUGACAAGCUCUAGGCUUUAGCCCCUUUUCUGCAUCGCAGCCCCAAAUUAGUGGAUUUCAUUGGGCUUAGCAGCCGCCGCCGCCGCUGCUGCCGCCGCCGCCGCAGCUGCUUAGAAGCUUUUUUUUAUCGUGAAACGAAGACCUAAUUGUUACCGAUUCCGCUGAAGUCGCUUCCAGCAGUUCAACUUGGAUAUUGCUCACUUACUUACUUUUAAGUUGAAGCCCUAUAAAACUGUUCAAAAUUCAUGGGCAUUUUUUAGUAUAAACUGUGCUCAUUUGCUUCAAAGUUGCACAAAUGAAGAGGGCUAUGCCUUGGAGUGACAAGGAGGAUGAUUCCUCCUCCGAUGAAUCAUCAUCUUCUGAAUCUGAAUCUGAAUCUAAAGCCUCAGAAGUGAAAUCUAGGAAGCGGAAGAGUAAUGCUGUGGACUUUGACGCAUUGAGGCGACAUGGAUACAGAGGUGGGCCAUCGGUCUUGAAUGUGCCGCCGCCGAAGGAGCCAGAGCAGAAGCAGGACUGGUCUUGGUCAACCGGAAAGGAAAAACGUGAGGCCAACAAGGAGAGUGAAGAGUCCUAUGCAGAGAGACGGAAAACCAGGGCCGCCAUAGCCGAGGGAGAGCAGCUAACAACGGCGCUUACUCGGAAGGACAGGAAAAAUCUCCCUUUCUCUCAGAAGGAGAAGAGGAAAAGAGAGCUUGGUCAGGCAAGCAGGGGUAAGAAUUAUGUUGAAGAAGAAAAAAGGUUGUUGAGGGAUAGUGGUGUCUACUCUGGUUUUGAUACUUGAACUUGAGUGCUUGAAAUAACACACAUUAAACUUUUGUAUUUGUUUUCCCUUUAGAAUCUUUCAGACAUUUCCCUGUUAGCUUGUACGUAUGCUGCAAUUUGUCCAAUCUGUUUUUUGUGAUAUCAAAUGAGUAUGGUGUAUCGUGGAGACAUGGACUAUGGAUACAUACAUAUAAGAGAUGUUAUUCUGA